GGGGAGAAGGAGAGGAGAGGGAGGAGAGGGAGCCGCAAGGCAGAGCAGGCAGAGCAGCCCAGCCGGGAAACAGGAGCCUUUGAAGAAGGCGGCCGCGUCCCCAGGGCCGGGGUCAAGCCAGGUCGCGGGCGGGCCGGCCAGCAUGAGCCGCGCGGCGCUCCUCAGGAGGAACCCUAGCACGCGGGGCCUGGAGACGCUCUGCAGGCUCACCACUCAGUGGAGUGUGGAGGAUGAGGAGGAGGUGGCCCGUGAACGGCGCCGGCGGCAGCGGGAAAGGCAGUUACAGACCCAGGACCAGGAGGAAGGUGGCCAUUACCCAGACCGGCCGGAGCAGGAGGCACUUCUCGGACUGAAGCCCUCAGAGGCCCCUGAACUCGAUGAGGAUGAGGGUUUUGGAGACUGGUCCCAGAAGCCAGAGCAGCAGCAGCAGCAACGCUGGGUCGCAGAGGGGGCCUCAGACGGAGGAGAGCCCCCUAGGACUGAGAGUCCGGAGGGCGAGCAGGACAGGCGAGUGGGGUCCUGCCAGCAAACCUGUGGAAAUGAGGUCAGGGACAGGCUGCAUCAGGCUAGUGUCCACCUGGAGCAGCUGUGCCUGAGCCAGGAGGGGACAUGCCCAGAGGAGACUGUCCAGGGCCACGGGGAGGUGGCAGAGGAGGAGCACCAGAGAGGUGAGCAGCCCAGGGCCCCCAGUCCUUCGGUCUUGGAGGGGAAUGCCGGACCACGCUCGCCUCCCCUGAGCCCCACCACCAAACUUGCCGACAGGACUGAGUCCCUGAACCGCUCCAUAGAGAAGAGUAACGCUGUGAAGAAGUCUCAGCCAGCCUCGCGCAUCUCCAAGAUCGACGGGCGACUGGAGCAGUACACGCAGGCCAUCGAGUCUGCUGGCUGGAUGCCCAAACUAUCCCGCCAGACCUCCAUAGAGCUGCCCAGCAUGGCGGUGUCCAGUACCAAGAGUCGAUGGGAGACAGGAGAGGUGCAGACUCAGUCUUUGGCCAAGACCCCCACCUGCAAGGACAUUGUAGCUGGAGACAUGAGCAAGAGGAGCCUCUGGGAGCAGAGAGGAGGCUCCAGGACCUCGUCCUCCACCAAGACCACCCCGUCUGGAAAGAGGUACAAGUUCGUGGCCACUGGACACGGGAAGUACGAGAAGGUUCUUGUGGACGAGGGCCCGGCGCCCUAGGCUGUGCACCCCGGUGCACGCCAGAAGCACCUCCGUGUCCCCAGACCCCACCAGGACACCAGCCCCAGCCCUGGCUAUGAAGUUGCUUCCUGUCGCCAGGGUAGCCUGCCCUUGUCCCUCGGACACCCGCACUGCUGACACCACCUCCUUUAGCUUCUGGACACUCCAACCUCUAUCCCACUCCACCCUGAUCCCCCAGCUCUGCCUCUGGCAUCUGGGAGGGAAGAUUCCUGACCAUGGGCUAAAUGCACCAUCCCCUAGAGAGGCCAAGUGUUCCCAAGGAAGAGCGGAGACUGAGACCCAGCCUGGCAAGAGAGCCGGUCACCCACCAAAUAUGAGGAGCACCCACACUUUGCUGGACACAGACUUGCAUCCCUCCCUGCCUCCUGCCUGCAGAAACCCCGUUUUGUGCAAUAAAGUUCCUCAUGCUCAUACAUCCCCCACGCUGGGCC